UAAACCUAACAUUCAUUACUUUACUCUCUUUCUAUUUUAGGGAGUUGAAAUUUUUUAAUUUUUAUAUAAAAAAAAUGAAAUGGGCUGCUCCGGUUAGAUUCAUGAAUAUAUAGCUAUACUGCCGUAGUCAGUCAAAACGGUCGAUUCCGGUCUUCCUCAGUCUUCACUCUACUCCCCCGCCCUCGCAGUUGAUGAAUCUCUCACACUCCCUUUGAAUUUCCGAUUUCAUUUCCCUUGAAGAUCUGCAAGGCUCCAGUCAUGUUGCGUCUUCACUUGGCUUUCUUGUUCCUCUUCGUUUUGUUCCUGAGUGACAGUUCACUUGGUGCUACGGGUGGAAAUCGUAAAACAGGGAAGUCAUCGGUAUUUUCGUUGUUUAACCUUAAAGAUAAGAGCAAAUUUUGGAGUGAGUCUGUUAUCCAUGGUGGUGAUUUCGAUGACCUGGAAACAUCUAAUCCGGGAAAAGUGAGUAUUCUCAAUUACACCCAGGCAGGUAAUAUAGCAAAUUAUUUGAAGCUUCUCGAAGUUGAUUCCAUGCACCUUCCAGUACCUGUGAAUUUCAUUUUUGUUGGAUUUGAAGGAAAGGGUAAUCAAGAAUUUAAGCUACAGCCAGAGGAGCUAGAGCGCUGGUUUACAAAGAUUGAUCACAUCCUUGAACAUACAAGGAUUCCUCAAGUAGGAGAAGUUUUGACACCAUUUUACAAAACUAGCAUUGACAGAGAACAGCGUCACCAUCUGCCUCUUAUCAGCCACAUAAAUUACAAUUUUUCCGUUCAUGCAAUUCAAAUGGGUGAAAAGGUCACAUCCAUCUUUGAGCGUGCCAUUGACGUCUUUGGACGCAAGGAUGAUAUGUCUGACAACAGGGAUGAUGGAACCGUUCUAUGGCAAGUUGAUGUGGAUAUGAUGGAUGUUCUCUUCGCCAGCCUUGUGGAGUAUUUACAACUGGAAGAUGCCUAUAACAUCUUUGUUUUGAAUCCCAGGCGCAUGGGAAAAAGAGUCAAAUAUGGAUACAGGCAAGGGUUAUCUGAGAGCGAAAUUAACUUUCUCAGGGAGAACAAGGAGGUACAAUCGAAAAUUCUUCACUCAGGAAGAGCAUCAGAAAGUAUUCUUGCUCUCGAAAAGAUGACAAGACCAUUGUAUGCCAAGCAUCCGAUGGCAAAGUUUUCCUGGACUGUCACCGAAGAUACAGAUACAGUAGAAUGGUAUAAUAGAUGCCUAGAUGUAUUAAACAAUGUCGAGAAGGUAUCUCAAGGAAAGGACAUGGCUGAAGUUGUUCAGAACAAGGUUAUGCAGUUUCUGAAUGGGAGAAAUGGAGAAUUGAAGCUUCGUUUUGAGAGAGAGUUAAAAGCUGGGCAGUAUAGUGGUUUUCAUGCUGAAUGUAUCACUGAUACAUGGAUUGGAAAUCAGAGGUGGGCUUUUAUUGAUUUGACUGCGGGCCCUUUUUCAUGGGGACCUGCUGUAGGUGGAGAAGGUGUGCGCACAGAACUAAGUUUACCAAACGUGGAGAAAACCAUUGGCGCAGUUGCAGAAAUUUCAGAAGAACAAGCUGAAGAUCUAUUGCAAGAGGCUAUUCAAGAGAAGUUUGCUGUGUUUGGUGAUGUCCAGAAAGAUCAUCAAGCCAUUGAUAUUCUUUUAGCUGAAAUAGAUAUAUAUGAACUAUUUGCUUUCAAUCAUUGCAAGGGAAGGAAGGUCAAGCUUGCUCUUUGUGAAGAGCUUGAUGAGAGAAUGCAAGAUUUGAAAAAUGAGCUAGAGUCUUUUGAGAAUGAAGGAUCUGAAGAAAGCCAUAGGACAAAGGCUGUAGAUGCACUGAAAAGGAUGGAGAACUGGAACCUGUUUAGUGAAUCUUAUGAGGAUUACAAAAAUUAUACAGUUGCUCGUGACACUUUCCUUGCACAUUUGGGGGCAACCUUAUGGGGGUCAAUGAGACACAUCAUUUCUCCAUCACUUGCUGAUGGAGCAUUCCACUACUAUGAGAAGAUAUCUUUUCAGUUGUUCUUUAUCACACAGGAGAAAUUCAGAAAUAUUAAGCAGUUACCUGUUGACCUCAAGGCUAUCAGGAAUGGUCUUUCAUCAUUGGUGCUAUCUUCUCAGGAAGUGAUGUUCAGUGCGCACAUGUUGCCACUGUCAGAGGAUCCUGCUUUAGCCAUGGCUUUUUCAGUAGCCCGGAGGGCGGCAGCUGUUCCCCUGUUGCUUGUGAAUGGAACAUAUAGGAAAACUGUUCGUUCCUAUCUGGAUUCUUCCAUUCUCCAGCAUCAGUUGCAGAGAUUGAAUGAUCAUGGUUCUUUGAAAGGUUCACAUGCACAUAGCAGAUCUACCCUUGAACUGCCUAUCUUUUGGUUUAUUCACAGUGAUCCCUUGUUAAUUGACAAGCAUUAUCAAGCCAAAGCGCUUUCUGAUAUGGUCAUUGUGGUGCAGUCAGAAGAACCAUCCUGGGAGAGUCAUUUGCAGUGUAAUGGGCGGUCUCUCCUUUGGGAUUUGAGGAAGCCUAUCAAAGCUGCUUUGGCUGCUGUGUCAGAACAUCUAGCAGGAAUGCUUCCCCUUCAUCUUGUUUAUAGUCAAGCCCAUGAAACUGCAAUUGAGGACUGGAUUUGGUCAGUUGGAUGCAACCCUUUAUCCAUCACGUCCCAAGGCUGGCAUUUCUCCAAGUUCCAUUCAGACACUGUUGCUCGAAGCUACGUAUUGACAGCUCUUGAAGAGUCCAUUCAAUUGGUCAAUUCAGCUGUUCAUCGCCUUGUUAUGGAGCGGACAUCAGAACAGACUUUUAAGGUUUUUAAAUCCCAUGAGCGUGAGUUGGUGAACAAAUACAACUAUGUUGUUAGCUUGUGGAGAAGAAUUUCAACUGUCAGUGGGGAAGUGCGUUAUCUGGAUGCCUUGAGACUUCUCUAUACCUUAGAGGAAGCAUCAAGAGGGUUUGUAAAUUAUGUUGAUACAACUCUAGCCAGUCUCCAUCCAAUACAUUGCACCCGUCAAAGAGAAGUGAAGGUCGAGUUUGACAUGACAACAAUACCUGCUUUCCUAGUUGUUUUCUUAGUUCUUUGGUUUGUGCUAAAGCCUAGAAGAGCCAAGCCUAAGAUCAACUGAGAGUUUUAGGGUGACGUGCCUUGAAAAUGUGAGUUACUUUAGUUUACGCAAAUAUGAUCUCCUCUUGGAUGCCAGGAAAAUCUGUUGAGUCAAUAGAGCCGCCUUAUGCAACACUGGACUAGAGAGCAUAGACGAUGGGUAGAAUAGCUAGGUCAAAAUCAUAUCGUGUUGUACGUCUUUGCUUGUAAUUUUUCGGCUCCCAGUAUUAUUAAAUCUGAGAUUUUGCAUUGUACCAUCAAGUAUCCAUUUUCUUGUGUGUAGUUAGUUAUUGUAAUUCAGUGCAUGCCUUGCAUUAUAAAGGGCUAAAUUUACCCUCCAACUAUUCGAAAUAACUCAUAUUUAUCCUCCA